AUCUGUUUUGUUGUUUUUUUUCUCAAAGGUGCAGCUGUUCACUUUGUUGAUUUUAUGUAUCCUUGUUUUGGUCUCACCCAGGGGCUUUGUUGCAGUACUCGCCUGCUGCCUAUAGCACUAGUGGAAAGCUGAGUUGAGAACUAUGCCCUCCUCCCAUAGUGAUCAGCAAGGGCUGCACUGUUUUGUCUCAGCUUGUGAUUGGUUCAAAACAUCAUCAGGACUCACAAUUCUAUGGCUUGGUUUAUCUCUUGUGUUUCCUGUGUUCUCCCCUUCUUGUUCACACCUGGGGAUGCAAUCCCCACUGUGUUAUCUGUUAGCCUGAAUCCUUACUCCGCUGCUUCUGUUGAUCCCCCAUACCCACGGCUCCCCACGUACCUCUCUGCUCUUACCAUCCAGGAUCGUGCCCUCCAUUUCUCUUACACAAAUCCUUCUCAGUCUGUUUUAAUGUGUUCUUUUCCUAUUCUGCCCUCUUGUUCUGCUUCCCAUGGCCAGACAUUUUAGAUGUAAGCAGAAAAAAUGAUGCAGUUAACUUCGUCUAUAUAACAGUGAAUCUUACUAGUUCAGUUUGAAUCACAUUCAUAAACUGCAGACAUCAUAGCAUGCUUUACACAGUGGUCUUUUUGGAGUUGCAUGGUGAAUUAACGGAAUUGAAUGUUUACAACUCUGUUUAAUACACGAAAAAUUCAUGUGCUUUGAUUAUAAAAUAAAUCCUAAUCUACCAUCACAAAUUGCACUAAGCUUUGCACAUUCCAUUGCAUCACUAUGGCUUAGAAUAACAUCUAUAUUAUUUAAAGAAUUUUAUUCAUAUCUCUUUACUAAAGUUUCUGAAAAGAAGCAGUAUCUAUUGAGAAAUGACCAAUGAGUCAUUUUUAUUCCCAGCCAACUCAAUAUAGGAUGUAUGGGUAUUUGGCAAUAUGUUUAUGAAGAACCAAAGAAAUGUGCAGCAAUAAAUCAUUGUCACUAAGGUUUUCUAGCACAUGAGGAAAACAGCAAAUACUAGUUUGAAGAAUAGUAUCACAGAGUCGUGAUUACAUAGAAUUCCUUUUAGACUUGUUGCUGAAAUUGCCUUAUACUUUUGAGGGAUAUUUUACCCCAAUGGGAUAACUGCUAUUUCUGUUUUGCUUGAACACUUGUAUCUGCCAAGCUCAUGCCAUAGUAUCUUGUACAUUUCCACAGAAGAUUGCUUCUAUAGCCUAUGCUUUCCAAACAGGGACAAACAGAAAAAAUAUCACUUAAGACUUUAUAAAUAUGCAGUUAUUUGUAUUGAUAUAUAUCGACAUAUAGAUAUAUAUAUGGUGAAAACAGUAGGCAUUGAUUUAGACUGAAGCCAGGAGCCUAGAAUUCCGUUUAGGUCUCCUACAUUGAGAAUAGAGGCCCAAGUACUGGGCCUUCUUUGGUGUUUUCACACACACUUUACCAGGAAGCUGGAUAGGAAGUGCUGUGGGUGGGACUCAAACUGGUAUUCUGAAAUAGAAUGCUUGCAUUGUAAGCAGUGGUUUAAUCCAUUACACCACAAUCCUAGCCAUGGAAUGUUUGUUUUUAUUUAAUAUUCUCUCCCAUAUAAAUUCAAACAUACUCUCCUAGAAAACAUGCAUUCUAAUGUAAUAUUCAUAAUGAAAAUAGCUGGAUCUCGACAGCAAUACAAAAUAGAAAUGGAAACAGUUUUCUUAGUUAUGGGUAUUAAUAACUAUUUAAACAGCCUGUACAAACUUACCUGAAGCUUGGCAAAGCAGCCGACACUACUUAGGAAGUUAAUAUGAAGGUAAGCAAAGAUCAAUACUACCAGAACAUUUUCCUUGGGACUACUUAUGGAAAUUGGAGUAAUGAGACCUACAGUUUUGUAGUGUAGAAAUAUGAACAGGACUUAAAUUGUCAGUAGAUUUCCUAAGGCAGCAUUGGGAAGGAAUAUUAUGAAAGCAGAGUUUUAAAUGUUGGUUUAAAUUUUGAAUGUGUUUGCUUUAACUUUCAAAUCAUUUUAGUGUCCAUUUAUCUAUUUACAUUUACUUGCAAGAGUGUCACAGACACACACACGCAGAGAAAGAAUGCAUAUGCUAAUUCUCUUCCUAAAGGGUCACAACAGCCAGGACUGGAGCAGGACAGAGCCGGGAGUCAGGAACUCUAAGACUCUUACAUGUGCCAGGGCCCAAGCAUUUAAACAUUUAUCUGCUGCCUCCCAGGAUUCUCAGACACAAAGACAAAUCUCAAGCAGCCUGGCUGGGCUUGAGCCAGACACUUUGAUUUGGGAUAUGGUAUUCCCAACAGUGACUUAACCUGACGUGAAUGCAGAGAAUGGAAAAUAGUAAAUGCAUAGUAGUUAUAUGAGUUUAUGUUUUUUUCUGUGAAAAUCUUGGUCAACAAUUUGAAUUCAUAUUUGCAUCUAAAGUUUAACUGUUUUGAUGACAUACAUAGUAUAGUUCCUGAAAUUUUAAUCAUCUAUUCGUAGCUUCAAGACACAAUUUUGACUUAAGGCAUAUCUAUUAUUACACUUCAUAUUAAAAAAAAAAACAUAAUAAUAAUAUCGGCCAUGUUGGAUGCUUAGGGUUCCAGCCGUGGUUGCCAGGGCCCCCAUCUGAGCAAGAACACUACCAGCUGCCCACGCACAUGUUGGAAGUGCGGCCGGGGCUGUACCUGGGUGGGGCCACGGCCGUUGAGAAGCUGGACCAGCUCAGGGUGGCGGGGAUUACGGCCAUGCUGAUGGUGGACUCAGAGGAGCUCAGUUUCACAGCAGAGCCUGGAGUCGAGGCUCUGUGGAGCCUCUUUGUGCCGGUGCUGGAUAAACCUGAGACUGACCUACUCAGCCACCUGCACCGGUGUGUGGCCUUCCUCCACCAGGCCCACACAGAGGGCUGUGUGGUGUUGGUGCACUGUCAUGCCAUAGUCACUGGCAGUGUGGCUGUAGUGACAGCUUUUGUGAUGAAAACAGACCAGCUCAGCUUUGAGGAAGCCUAUGAGAGCCUCCGACCCAUCCAGCCAGAGGCCCAGGUGGAUGAAGAGUUUCAGUGGCAACUGAAAUUAUACCAGGCCAUGGGAUAUGAGAUGGAUACCUCUAGUACAAUUUAUAAGCAAUAUCGUUUGCAAAAGGUUACAGGGAAGUAUCCAGAAUUACAGAAUUUACCUCAACAACUCUUCGCUAUUGAUCCAGCCACUGUCUCACAAGGAUUGAAAGAUGAGAUCCUCUACAAGUGUAGAAAAUGCAGGCCAUCUUUAUUUCAAAGCUCUAGUAUUUUGGAUCAUGGUGAAGGAAGUGGACCUAUGGCCUUUGCCCACAAGAGAAUGACACCAACAUUCCUGGUUGCCAUGGGGACUCAGUGUACAUCCUAUUUCAUUGAGCCUGUACAGUGGAUGGAAUCUGCUUUGUUGGGAGUGAUGGAUGGGCAGCUUCUUUGUCCAAAAUGCAGUGCCAAGCUGGGUUCCUUCAACUGGUAUGGUGAACAGUGCUCAUGUGGAAGAUGGAUAACACCUGCUUUCCAAAGAUGUAAGAACUGAGUGGAUGAAAAGAAAAUACAGCCAGGUUUGGGAUCAUAAACAAGAAAAAUGUGAAUGUGUGACAUUUGUGAGCUUGGGAACAACCUUCGUGAAGAUAAUAUUCUGUCCCUGUUUUUAAUCAUUCUUGUCAGGUUGUCUAGUUUGUAGGCAAUCAGCAUUUUACUGGCAAUGUGAAAGGAAAAAAGAAUCAUUUGAUGUAACCUGGAAACUGCCCUGUUACUUGCUUAUGGCAUGAUAUCAGUACGUAGUAAUCAAACCUUCUUAGCCAUAUAAAUUUAUUUGUUAGUAAAAUCUUUUAUGAUGCAAACAUUUCCUUUGUUUAACAUAGGUUUAGACAAAGAUCUCUCAUCUGUUGAUUCACUUUUCAGAUGUUGUAGGCAGAGGCUAGGAUGAAAUUAAGAGCUAGAAAGAAACUCAGUCCAUGUCUCCCACAUGAGUGGCAGGAGACACAAAAUUCCAUUAGCUGCCUUAGCCUAUAUUUGCAGGAAGCUGGAAUAGGAAGUUUAGUGAGGACUUGAAUUCAGGCGCUCUGAAAUAGGAUGUGGAGAUGGAGGUUUACUGCGCCAAAUGCAUGCUCCUAAACUUAAUCUUUGAAUUACAUUUUUCCAUGAGCUUGUUAAAGUCCCUCAUAUAGCCACACACAUUGGUUCCAGUGGAAGUCAGGGC